UAGAGAAACUGCAGCACCUGCUGAGCCGUGACGCCUGGGAGAGAUUUGUGGCUGCAGCCAAAUGGCCCAGGGGUGUGGCAGAUGCACUAUAUGAAGACUUGAAUCAGCUGAAAAGACUGAUGGCCAUGGGGGACAAAGACAUGCCAUCAUACGACCAGCUGCUUAGGGCGAUGAUUCUGUUGGAGUUUCAUCAUGUGAAACAGAAGCUGGAGGAGUGCAUAGCAGAGGUCUACACACUGGCAGACAAGGUUGACAAGGUGCACAGGGACUGUUCCAUCUCCAACGUGGUGGCCAGUUCUACCAGUGCUGUGUCUGGCAUUCUGAGCACUGUCGGCCUGUCCCUGGCACCCGUGACAGCAGGGGCCAGCCUGGUGUUUCCCGCUGGGGCAGGCGUGGGAGUAUCAGCUGCUGUGACCAGAGUGUCUGCCAGCAUCGUGAAACAUGCAAAGAACAAGUCGGCAAAAGGCAAAGCCAGUCAUCUAGCAUCAGCUGCCAUCAGCAAUGAGGAGGUGGUCUUGGAGGGUCUACGUCACAGCUCGCCCCAGGUUGCUUCCUUAACAAAGUGCAUCCGAUCCCUGGAAGGCAUUGUGAAGGAUGUCCAUGCCUGCAAUGUGGCCAAAGCCAACCCUCUCUUAGGAGCAAAAGCCAAGGUUUUAAUGACCACAGGGAAUAUCUCAACCCAAAGCAGCCAGCAGGUACAGAAAGCUUUUGGGGGCACUGUUCUGGCAAUGACCAAAAAGGCCAGGGUCUUUGUUUUGGCCUAUGCAAGUGAUCUUAUGGCGGAUGUGAUCAGCAUUGUGAAGGAGUCAAAGCACUUGCAUGUGGGGUCAAAGUCACGGUCGGCUAAAGAGUUGAGGCAGCAGGCCUACGGGCUGGAGAGGAGGCUGAAGUUACUCAGCUGCACUCACAAGAUUCUGCAGGAUUUCCUGUGGUGCAAGGGCGAAGUAAGCAAGAGUGUACAGGAGCUGGAAAACUGUAAGCAGGCUCUGGAGAAGCUGGUGCAAGUGAUGAAGACCCAGCUCAAGGAGCUGGAGGGUGAGCUUCAGUACACCAAGGAUGCCAACCUGCAACUAGAGGUGAACCUGCAGGCCAUGAAGUUCCAGCUUGAACAAGACCUACAGGGCCACAACAAGCAGAGUGAGGAGAACAGGCAGCUGGUUAGAAUGGUGCGGGAGAUGGAGGCAGAGCUGGAAGACGAGAGGAAGCAGCGCUCAAUGGCGCAGGCCACUCGGAAGAAGCUGGAGAUGGACCUGAAGGACCUGGAGGCCCACAUUGUCUCGGCCAACAAGAAUCGUAACGAAGCCAUCAAACAGCUUCAGAAGCUGCAGGCCCAGAUGAAGGACUACCUGCGCGAGGUAGAGGACGCGCGCGCCUCCCGCGAGGACAUCCUGAUGCAGGCCAAGGAGAAUGAGAAGAAGCUGAAGAGCAUGGAGGCCGAGACGAUUCAGCUGCAGGAGGUCAAAGCCAGCCUGGAGCAGGCCAAGCAGGCCCUGGAGACUGAGCGAGGGAAGCUGGCCAAAGACAUGAAAAUUCUGCAGCAGAUCAAAAGGGACUCAGAGCACAAGAUGAAGAAAGUGGAGGCCCAGCUACAGGCGCUGCAGGCGCAGUUCAGAGAGAGAGAGCGAGAGCGCACACAGUUGGCCGACAAAGUCACCAAGCUGCAGCUCAAGCUGGACAAUGUGAUGGGUCUUCUCACCCAGUCUGAGAGCAAGUGCAGCAAGCUCACCAAGGACUUCUCCACUCUGGAGUCCCAGCUGCAGGUCAUGCAGGAGCUGCUGCGGGAGCAGAACCAGCAGAAGCUGAGCUUGAGCACCAAGCUGAAGCAGGUGCAAGAGGAGAAGAAGUCCCUAAAGGAGCAGCUGGAGGAGGAGGAGGAGGCCAAGCACAACCUGGAGAAGCAGACGGCCACCCUGCGUGCCCAGGUGAGCGAAAUGCAGAAGAAGGUGCUGGACGGCAUGGGGUACCUGGAGGCUGCCGAAGAAGCCAAGAGGAGGCUGCAGGAGGACCUGGAGGGGCUGAGCCAGCGCUAUGAGGAGAAGGCAGCUGCCUACAACAAGCUGGAGAAGGCCAAGACACAGCUGCAGCAGGAGCUGGACCACCAGCGGCAGAGCCUCAUCAACCUGGAGAAGCAGAAGUUUGACCAGGUCCAUGAUCUGAAGAAGUCUAAGCGGGCCCUGGAGCCACAGGUGAAAGAUAUGAAGACCCAGCUUGAGGAGCUGGAGGACGAGCUUCAGGCCACUGAAGAGGCCAGGCAGCGACUGGAGGUGAACCUGCAGGCCAUGAAGACCCAAUUUGAGCGAGACCUGCAGGGCCGGGACCAGCAGAGUGAGAAGCAGAAGCAGCUGGUCAGACAGGUGCGGGAGAUGGAGGCAGAGCUGGAAGACGAGAGGAAGCAGCGCUCAAUGGCAGCGGCCGCUCUGAAGAAGCAGGAGGUGGACCUGAAGGACCAGGAGGCCCACAUUGCCUCGGCCAGCAAUGACCGUGAUGAAGCCAUCCAAGAGCUUUGGAAGCUGCAGGCCCAGAUGAAGGACUUCACGUGUCAGCUGGCGGACACUGACACCUUCCGCAAGGAGACGCUGGCGCAGGCCAAGGAGAACGAGAAGAAGCUGAAGAACAUGGAGGCUGAGAUGGCUCAGCUGCAGGAGGUUAGAGCCGAACUUAUAAAGGUCACGAAGAUCCUGGAGAAUGACCAAGGGCGGCUGGCCAAUGACGUGAAGGUCCUGCUGCAGGACAAAGGGGACUCAGAGCCCAGGUGGAAGAGAGUGGAGGCCCAGCUCCAGGCGCUGCAGGCGCAGUUCAAGGAGGGAGAGAGAACGCGCAGGGACGGGAGAGUAGAAGUAAAUACAAUCGUCAUUCGUGACUACUGA